GAUGAACGUCGAUUUCAUAGAAUGUAUAGCAUUCCCCCAAAAACUGACAGUAGGAAUUUUGGGUGGUAUAGUGAGCUAACAUCAUCAUCAUCUCAAUAUCAACAACUUAAACUAUUGAAAGACGUGACCUCUGUUCCAGUUGAAGGAUUUUUCUUUUGUGAUCCUGAUCGUAAUAAUAAUGAUGACAAUUAUAUCUCCAUUGGGAUCCAGAGAGAGCGGAUCUCUGUGCUUAUCAAAAGAAGCUCAAUGGCAGACCUAGACAUGGUAAAGCAACAUUCACUCUAGAGAUUUUA